UCCGAAAAAAAAAAAGAGAAAAAAAGCAAAGGAGAGAAGCCACACCUUAGACAGCUUGAGAAAUGCCGGAGAACUCAGCGCCGGGGAUGCCGAUGCUUCAGAAACCGCCGGGGUUUCGAGAACCAUCGGCGCCGCCCGUCCUCCGCUGCACCACGUCCACCAGGACCACCGCGCAAGCCACCGCAGCUUCCCCGAACUCUCCGGUACCCAGGCAAACCCCCCGCUCGGCGACGCCGUGCUCGCGCGUGCUGCUGCCGACUCUGCUGUUGGCUCUCCCUCAUCCUCAUCGCCAUCGCUUUCCUUGUCGCCGUUACUGGUGCUCUCGCCUAUCUCUGGUUCCAACCCCGGCUUCCCUUGUUCCGGAUCCAAUCCCUCCGGGUCUCGAGAUUCAAUGUCUCCGGAUCCGAUGGUGGUCCUUUCUUCUUGGACGCCUCCAUGGCGAUGACGAUCCAGGCGGCGAACCCUAAUGGCAAGAUGGGGCUCACGUAUUCCGAUCUCGAGGCGGAUGUUUCGAUCGCCGCCGACGACGACGACGGUGAUGUUGAUAUGGGGACAGCGGUGGCGUUGGGAUUUGCGCAGGGGAAGAAGAACUCCACGGCGGUGAAGUUCGCGGUGGUGGCCAAGAGGCUUGGGGUGGAUGAGGCGGUGGGGAAGAGGAUGGCUGCGAUGUAUGCGAGCAAGGAGCUGAGAUUUGGAGUGGAGCUGAAGACGAAGGUAGGGGUUAGUGUUGGCGGUAAGAGCACCGGGCGUGUGCCGAUCCGGGUCGAGUGCGGAGCGGUGAGUUUGAAGCAGGCGGCGCGGGGAAGUGCAACCGAUUCCGUGCUGCCUCAUUGUCACAUUAAUUUGCUCAGAUGGAUUAAUUUACAUUGAUCAAGCAUAAUGAACCUGUUGGUGCCAUUUGCUCUUGGUGAUGUACAGACCUGGAUUUGUAUUUAUACUGCUUUCUUGCCCUUUCUUUCUCCGUUAUGGCCUUAUUUUGGAAAUUUGGAGUGAGACUGACAAUCAUGAUUUGGUUUGGAUUUGUGGAAGCUUGUAUCUAUAAUUUAUCUUUUUUAUUUUUCAAAA